CCGGAUCCGGACGGACGCUCCCAGUGCGGCCCCAGCGGCUGCUUUGGGGCUGGCGGCACCUGCCCGGCGCUGGCCAUGGGGCGAGUGGCGGCCGCUGGGGCCGUACUGGUGGCACUGGUGGUGCUGGGAGCCCCCCCUGGGGCGGGCGCGGAGCUCUCGGAGGUGUUCCAGGAGAUGGCAAAGCGCGAGUGUCACUUCAUUAACGGCACGGAGAAGGUGAGGUUCGUGGAGAGGCACAUCUACAACCGGGUGGAGUACGUGAGGUUCGACAGCGACGUGGGGCGGUUCGUGGGGUUCACCCCACUUGGGGAGAGGAAUGCCCGGCGAUUGAACAACGACCCGGAAUGGAUAGAGAACAGACGGGCUCAGGUGUCCCUGAUUCUCCGCUCCAGCGUUCCAUGGAUCCCAGUGGUUCUCCUUAUUCAGCCGCUCCCCCUCUCCAGGCUGCCGGGGGUCCCCCAGCUCCGGGAUCGCCCCUCUCCCUUCUCCCCACCCCGGGGCUUCCCCCGUUCUCCUCCCCCGCUCUCCCGGGAUGGGUUGUCCCAAUCCCGAUGUCCCUUUCCCACGUAG